AUGGCUAUUAAAACAAAUCAUCCACAGAUAAUCUUAUAUUGGAUGGAAUUAAUUAUUGGUAUCAUUUGUAUUGCACUAGCUGGUAGAGGUUAUAAUGAAAUUGGAUUUCAGUAUUUAAUUGCAAUUGGUGCAACAUCAGCUAUCGGGAAUAUUGUCUUCCUUUUACUGUAUGGUUUUGCGACAACACGACCAAUAGAUGGACGUUCAAUAAUGAAGUUAAUUGAAACUGUUUAUCAGUUUAUCUUAACUCUACUGUACUGUAUUGCAAUCGGUGUUACAUUUCAUCAAUUGGAGUAUUUACAACGUUUUAUUGGGCCAAUCACAAUAUUUACAUCUGCUAAUUUUGGUGUCUACACAUUCGGUAGUAUGGUGGCGCUGACAGAAUUGAUUUGUAAACAUGAAGAAGAAACAAUUAAUCAACAAAAUCCAAUCACUAAUCCUACACAACCAAAUAUUCAAAUCUCUCUUCAUGAUAACAAAUACUAUCGGUAUAGUUCAGUAUACAAUAAAAAACAAACAGAAUAUAUUAAUCGAUUAGAAAACUAUGUAGGGGUUUGUUUUGAAAUCUCUAUCACUGCACUAAUUUUUCGAUUAGAAAUGUAUUUAGUUAUCUUUCUAAAUUAUGGAACAAUUGCUUAUAUGAUGAGUUAUCCUCCAGAUGCCUCACGUUCAUGUCAUGAGGCUGAUGGUCGAAGUGAUCGAAGUGGGGGUAGUGGUGGAGCAACUAGUGGAAGUGGUGGUGGUGUUUAUGGGACGUUGUGUAGUGCAAUCGGAGGUGGUGGUAAAUGGUCAACUACUUCUGGAUUUUAUGAUGUUGGACCUGAUCCAUUAUUUUCUUUGGCUCCAUCGACCACAAAUGAAAAAAUUAUUUCCAAUUGGAAGAAAUGGUCAUUAGGCUUGGAUUAUCUACUUCAAGAUAGUGAAGGAGUUUCUCUUUUCAAAUCCUAUCUACAGUAUGAAGGCUGCGCAAACCUUCUUGACUUUUGGUUUGCUUGUCAAGGUUUUCGAAGUAAAGUAGAUCCUUCUGAUCACAGAAAGAUUACACAGUUGAUCAAAGCAAUUUAUCGUACUUAUAUUCGUGGAGCUAGCAGCAGUCUUAAUUCUCAACCUCUCAUGUAUUUAGGAAAACAACAAUCUACUGGUCCCUUGUUACAGAAUCGAAGUGAGCCUAUUCGUCUCAGAUCAGAGACUCGACACGCUAUUACAGAAAGAAUUUCUCGAAAGCAUGCUUUAGAUCAAACUGUGUUCGAUUCAGCUCAGGCGGAAGUCGAACAUUUUCUACGCACAACAGCAUAUCCUGCUUUUCUUAAAUCUGAUGUGUAUGUUGAUUUCCUGCAAACAGCUCUAGAAGGUUCUACUCACAAGUUUCCUUCUUGGGAACAGUCAGCACCUACCUCUGUAUUUUCAUUCAAUGUUGACAAACAAUUGAACAUAGCCACUACCACUGGUCUGUCAGAAUGCCCACCGAAUGUGACAUUAGGAGGGAAAGUUCUUCCCACGUUGGAUGAAGAUCGUGAACUACAAUCGGAAGAACUGUCUUUAUCAGACCCUUUAAGGCGGAUUCAUCGACCAUGCUGUCAUAUUGUAUCAUCCAGUGAUACAGCUGCUGUAACUCCUCAUUGCCAACACUGUAAUAAAUGUCAUUUAUAUAAUCCAUGUUUACCAAUGGAAUGCUCUCAGUCUGUUUUGAAACCACCAUGGUGUUACCAACAGUCACCAUCUGUUUCGACUGGUUCAACACCAGCUCCUCUAACUAUGGAGAAUUUACAGAUGACACGAUUUUAUCGAACUGAAAUGUCACUACAACGACCUUAUCUCAACCAGUCUCAUAUUUCGCAUAUUACAAGGCCAAGUCAAGAAGGCGAACUCACUAGUCAUCCACAUGUAUCACGUUUAUGCAGUUCAACACCCUGGCGUUUUCCCACUCGUCCUAACUAUGUCUACACUCAUUGGGCAGAUGCUGUAUGUCCACCGUCUAUGGAUCCACGUUUAGGUAAUUUACCUAGUCAACCUCCUAAUCCAUAUCAUAUAUCCUAUGCACCAGUUUCAGCGCGUGAUUCAGAACAUCAUAGUCUAUCAAGUGAUGCACGAACUGAUGAUACACAUUCACAUACGGAUAGUAGUCAUGAAGGUGCUUGUAAUCGUCUACAUUCUUUAAAUCAUCGUAUCCAAGUCCAUUUCAAUUAUCUCGUCAUCAUAGUAAACAUCAAAGUCAAUUAUCACAUCGUAAUCAACAUCAGCAUCAUUUGA